GUGCGGUUCCCAAAAUCAUCAGGAGUAGUAUUUUUAAGGUUUAAAAUUUUUCGAUUCUUUUCAGAAAUUUGGGUAUGGACAUCACUAAUUUCACCUCUUACCAUAAAGUUCAUUUGAUUGGGUUGCAAUAUUUGUGAGAAAUUAUAGAGUAGUUUAAUUUGUUUCCGGAGUUUCUGAAUUCCGAGAUGUGUUUAAACCGUCGUCUCGAAUCAUCAAGACCAUGUCGGAAGUGACUAAAUUGAGAAGAAAUGGCGUCCAGUGCAGCCGGCGUGCUGAGCAGUGCUUCACCGCCAUGCCUAAGAACGAGCCUAAACCCCAAGGUACACGAAAGGCCUUCUACUUCUUUCUCUUUGGAUUGCUCUGCUUCGACUUCUGCUGUUACCAGUACUUCGAGUACUGAGCAUGACUCGAGCCGGAAAUUUAGCUACAGUAGAGCUUCUCCUUCUGUGAGAUGGCCACACUUGACAUUCCCUGGCAGCAAUCAAUUCACUGUUUACCCUUCCCCACCACCGGCCCCUACGGAAAAGGAAAAUGAUUUCAGAUUUAAGGUAGAGAUGAAUGAUGAGGGCCAGGAUAGUAAUAGGACCAGGAGUAGGACAAAGGCUAAGAAAAUGAACAAAUUGGAGUUGAAGAGGGACAAAGAAUGGCGGAAGAGGGUACAGCUUCUAACGGAUGAAAUCUUAGGGUUGGGGUCUGAUGAGUUUGUGGCUGAUGUGUUGGACAAGAAGUUGGUGCAGAUGACUCCCACUGAUUACUGCUUUAUGGUGAAGUGGGUUGGGAAAUGUAGUUGGCAGAGAGCAUUGGAAGUUUACGAGUGGCUGAACCUUCGUCACUGGUACACUCCUGAUGCUAGGAUGCUGGCUACAAUACUUGGUGUGCUUGGGAAAGCCAACCAGGAAGCAUUGGCUGUGGAAAUCUUUACGCGGGUGCAGCCCACUGUUGGCUACACAGUGCAAGUGUAUAAUGCAAUGAUGGGUGUUUAUGCUCGAAGUGGACGAUUCACUAAAGUCCAGGAAUUGAUAGGUUUGAUGCGCAAACAAGGAUGUGAUCCAGACCUUGUGAGUUUUAAUACACUUAUAAAUGCACGAUUAAAGUCAGGGCCUAUGACCCCAAAUUUUGCAAUUGAACUUCUAGACGAGGUCAAGAGUUCAGGGCUUCGGCCUGACAUAAUUACAUAUAACACUCUUAUCAGUGCUUGUUCACGCCACUCAAACUUGAAGGAAGCUGUGAAUGUUUUUAGCUAUAUGGAUACUCACAAAUGCCAGCCUGAUUUGUGGACCUACAAUGCUAUGAUUUCAAUUUUCGGAAGAUGUGGUCUCGCUAGUGAGGCUGAAAGGAUCUUUAAGGAUCUAGAGUCGAAAGGGUUUCGUCCAGAUGCGGUGACAUAUAAUUCACUGGUAUAUGCGUUUGCAAGGGAGGGAAAUUUUCAAAAGGUUAAGGUCACCUGUGAAGAAAUGACAAAGAUGGGAUUCGGGAAGGAUGAGAUGACUUAUAACACCAUGCUGAGCAUGCAUGGAAAGAAGGGACAGCAUGAUAUUGCUCUCCAACUUUAUCAAGAGAUGAAGUCUUCAGGCCGAGAUCCUGAUGUAGUAACCUACACAAUUCUUAUUGACUCACUGGGGAAAGCAAAUAAGAUGGCAGAAGCUGCAAAUGUGAUGUCAGAGAUGUUGAAUUCUGAGGUUAAGCCAACUGUGAAAACAUAUUGCGCUUUGAUAUGUGGUUAUGAAAAAGCUGGGAGGCAAAGGGAGGCUGAAGAGAUGUUCAAUUGCAUGAAACGUUCUGGCAUCAAACCUGAUCGGUUGGCAUACAGCCUUAUGGUGGACAUGUGUUUGCGGUCUGGAAAUACUAAGAAGGCACUGUUGUUGUAUCAUGACAUGAUAAAUAACGGAUAUUCUCCAGAUCUUUCUCUUCAUGAAUCCAUCCUAAAAGUAUUAGGGAGAGAAAAUGAAAAAGAUGGUAUCCAUAAAGUGGUCCAGCACUUGGAAGAAGUCUGUCAUUUGAGCCUGGACGACAUUUCAUCUCUACUUGUUAAGGGGGAGUGCUAUAAUUUUGCUGCCAAAACAUUGAAGUUAGCCAUAACACAAGGUCAUAAACUGGACAAGGACAACUUCUUGUCUAUUCUGGGAUUUUAUAGCUCCUCUGGGAGGCACUCGGAUGCUAUGGAAUUGCUAGAUUUUGUGAAAGAGCAUACUGCAGAUUCUCAGAAGUUUUUAAGGGAUACAAUGAUUGUCUUACUCUGCAAGAGUAACCAGUUGGAUGCUGCUUUGGCGGAGUACUUCAGAAGUUGCAACUACAGUAGUACAUGCAAUGCCAGUGUUGCGGCGUGUGAGUACCUCAUCAAAUGUUGUGAGGAAGCUGAACGAUUUGCUGAGGCUUCUCAAAUAUUUUCUGACAUGAGAGCCAGUGGGCUGCAACCUUCUCGGGAUGUUUACAGAACCAUGGCUACUAUCUACUUGACAAUGGGGUUCCCAGAGACAGGCCAUUACUUGGUCAAUCAAGCAGAAAUGCAAGGCAUACCUCUUGAUGAUGUUUCCAUUUAUGUAUGCCUAAUCAAUGCUUAUGGAGAGCUGAAGCUACUGGAAAAGGCUGAAGAUAUUAUGGGAACUCUGAGACAGAGGUUUAAUGUUGUGGACCGAACAGCUUGGAAUGCAUUGAUACAAGCGUAUGCUCUGAGUGGCUUCUAUGAGAAAGCGAGAGCAGCUUUCAAUACAAUGAUGAGAGAUGGUCCCUCACCUACAGUGGAUACCAUCAACAGUCUCUUGCAUGCGUUGAUUAUUGGUGGCAGAUUAAAUGAGCUGUGCAUUGUGAUGCAGGAAAUAAAAGAUAUGGGUUUUAAAGUUAGUAAGAGUUCCUUCACUUUGAUGCUUGAUGUGUUAGCAAAAGCAGGGAACCUAAAUGAAACUAAGAAAAUAUACCUUGGAAUGAAGGCUUUUGGGUAUUUUCCUACCAUGCAGCUUUAUAGAGUGAUGAUUGGGCUAUUUUCCAGUGCAAAACAAGUUAGAGAUGUUGAAGCCAUGCUUUCUGAAAUGGAGGAAUUAGGGUUCAAGCCUGACAUUUCAAUUUGGAAUUCCGUGCUCAAAUUAUAUACUAAAAGUGAAGAUUUCAAGAAGACCGUGAACAUAUUCCAACGAAUUCAAGAAGCUGGACUCAAACCAGAUGCACAAACUUACAGUAUACUGAUAACUAUGUACUGUAGGGAUUGUAGUCCUGAACAGGGUCUUAAACUUCUGAAAGAAAUGAGACUGCAAGAUUUGAUUCCUGAGAUGGGCACCUACAAAAGUCUAAUCGCUGCUUUUUGUAAAGAGCUGAUGCUGGAAAAUGCUGAGGAACUCUUUGGUGGCCUUGUAGCAGAGGGUCAUAGGCUUGACCGCUCAAUCUAUCACAUAAUGAUUAAAAUGUAUAGGAGAUGUGGUAAUUGUUCUAAAGCUGAACAAUUAAUACUGAAGAUGAAGGAAUCUGGAAUUGAGCCUUCCACUGCAACAAUGCAUUUGCUGAUGACUUCUUAUGGGAGCUCAGGCAAUCCUACAGAAGCAGAGGAAGUGCUGAAUAAUUUGAAGAGAACUGGUGCAAGUCUUAGCACGUUACUAUAUAGUUCAGUUAUUGAUGCGUAUCUUAAGAAUGGUGAUCAUAAUGUCGCCAUUCAAAAGCUUAAGGACAUGGUUCAAGAUGGAACAGAACCAGAUCACCGAAUAUGGGCUUGUUUCAUUCGUGCGGCUAGUUUAUGUGAUGAUAUCACGGAAGCCAAAAUUUUAUUAACUGCUAUUGCAGAAGCUGGUUUUAAUCUUCCUUUAAGGCUUUUGGCAGACCAUUCUGAAUCACUAGCUGUGGAGGCAGAUCAAUACCUUGAGCAAAUUGCAUCUACAGAACAUGAUGCUGCAUUUAAGUUUGUCAAUGGUUUGGAAGACUUGUUGUGGUCUUUUGAGCGGCGAGCCACUGCUUCAUGGAUAUUCAAGUUGGCAAUUAAAAGGAAUAUUUUUCAUCAUAAUGUGUUUAGGGUGGCUAACAAGGACUGGAGGGCUGAUUUCAGAAAAUUAUCUGCCGGAGCAGCUUUAGUUGGCCUAACUUUAUGGCUUGACUACAUGCAGAACCUACUUGAUGUAGGAGUGACAUUGGAUGUGCCUUCUAUUGGUUAUCUUUGCAGUUUUCUUACCAUUGUAGAUGCUUCACUGAAGGGGUUCCCUGAAUCCCCAAAAUCUGUUGUACUAAUCACUGGUACAGCAGAAUACAACCAGGUUUCAUUGAAUAGUACAUUGAAGGCAUACCUUUGGGAGAUGGGGUCUCCAUUUCUCCCUUGUAAAACCCGAACCGGAGUGUUGGUAGCCAAAGGCCAUUCCUUACGAAUGUGGCUGAAAGACUCCCCAUUUUGCUUGGAUCUGGAGUUGAAAAAUACAACUACAGCGACAGAGGCUAAUUCGAUGCGACUUAUCUCUGGUUGUUAUAUGAGACGUGGUCUUGUUCCAGCUUACGAGGACAUAAUUAAGCGGCUUGGGCUGGAAACCCCCAAGAAGUUUUCAAGGCUCACAGUGCUUCCAGAUGAGAAAAGGGAGAGAGCAGUUAAAUCUUACACUGAAGGGCAAAACGGAAAGUCAGUCAGGUCGAUUAAUAUUGGGAUGAUAAGAAAGAAGAAAAUACAAAACUUUGUGAAGAAAAGACUAAUCAGGCAGGCGAAUCCAUGAAAAAGUCUUUUGGCAAAUGAAAAGUCAAUUGCCAGCUCACCACAUGCCCACUAGCUUGAUGGCGUGGCUGUGAUUGGUUAGUUUGCAUUUAGCCGGCUUUGUUCUCUUUCAUUUUCCAUUAUAAUCUGGAACAGGCAUCCGAAUGAAACUCGGCCCACAGUACGCAUUCAUAAUGAUCUGCACAGUGGAAACUUCUCUUCCGGGUCUCCACUAUCCAGUUACUGAAGAAUUUACAAGGGCAAUCGUUUUUUACAAAGAGCUUGCCACAAAUAUAAAGGUACUCCAAUGGUUUGUUUUCAAUUGAAAGCACAAAUUGGUUAAAGUGUCCCCCUUCCCCCUGUGGUCAGGCUACAUAGUUCUAUGGCUGAGGAACUUAGUUCUACCACAACCCAAGUUCACACAGCCCACUUGCUUUCUUCAUUCGACAUGACAUAUCGUGGGCUCAAGCAACAAUCAUCAUGAACCACCUAGCAACCCGACAACGUUGGCGAAAUAUUAGUUUUUUUUUUGGGGGGGGGGGUGUAUUUGUUUAACAAAUUAGAUGCCAUGUU